AAACCAUCACACACAUCUAUCACAAAAUUUUAUGAGGCAGAAAAAAUAAGAGCCUUUGAAUUUCUCUCAAGGGUGAUAAGGAACAACUAGCACUUUGUGUUGUUGUUCAAUGGCUACAUCGAUUUCUGCAACUGGGUUUAAAGGGGGUUUGUGUUCUUCAUUCCAUGGAAGUUGGGGAACAUCCAUGGUCGGUGAAGAUCACACCAUGCUGGCCAAGUCAGUUCCGAACAUGGUUCGUGUCGGAAAACCGGUACGAUCACAACCUAUGAUGAAGAACGUCAAUGAAGGGAAGGGUCUCUUUGCUCCGGCGGUUGUUCUCACUCGGAACAUUAUCGGAAAGAAACGAUUCAAUCAGUUUAGAGGCAAAGCUAUUGCUUUACACUCUCAGGUAAUUAAUGAAUUCUGCAAGUCGAUAGGAGCAGAUGCAAAACAGAGACAAGGACUGAUUCGAUUAGCGAAAAAGAAUGGGGAGAGACUUGGGUUUCUGGCAUGAUGAAAGAUUGUGUAUUUCUGCUUUGUGAUUACCACAAGAGAGAUGUUCAUAUUGUGGACUUACAGGGUAGAAAAUGUAUUCAUUUAGAUUUCUCCUUCAGAACUGGAUUGUAAACUACCAUGUAUAACCUCUUUAUCAUAUGUACUCAAAAAAUCUUUCACCCAACUGUGAUAUUUUGUGUUUUCUAUCAUUGAAAUAAAUAUCUGUAGAAAUGGUUUAUCAAUUCA